AUGGCAUCUCAACAAAAGUUCGAAGGCUGGGUCGGUCUCGACAAGGACUCUGCUGAGGGAAAGCUGGUCUGGCAGGCAUACGACCCAAAGACAUUCGAGGAGACGGACAUUGACAUCGAAAUCUCCCACUGCGGCAUCUGCGGCAGCGACCUCCACGCCCUCCGCAGCGGCUGGGGUCCGACCGACUACCCCAUCGUCGUCGGCCACGAGAUCGUCGGCAAAGCCAUUCGCGUCGGCAAGAACGUCGACAAGAAGAUUAGCGUCGGCGACCGCGUGGGCGUCGGCGCGCAGUCCGGCAGCUGCUUGCGCAAUAGCUGCAGGGAGUGCACGCACGACUACGAGCAGUACUGUCAGAACGGACAGACGACUACGUAUGGUGGGAAGUGGCCUUCGGGGGAGAAGGCGCAGGGGGGCUACGCGAAGUUCUGGCGCGGGAAUGGGCAUUUUGUCUUUAACAUUCCAGAGGGUUUGGCUUCGGAAGAUGCUGCGCCUAUGCUUUGCGGGGGUGUGACGACGUACUCACCGCUGAAGAUGGGCGGGUGCGGACCAGGCAAGCGUGUGGGUAUCAUCGGCAUCGGAGGCCUGGGACACUUCGGACUGCUCUGGGCCAAGGCUCUGGGGGCCGACAAGCUCGUCGCCAUCUCCCGCGGGACGUCGAAGAAAGAGGACGCGAAGAAGCUCGGCGCCGACGACUUCAUCGCCACGCAGGAGGAGGGCUGGGAGACCAAGAACGCUAGCUCUCUUGACCUCAUCGUCAGCACGGUCUCCGGCGCCAAUAUUCCCAUCAUGAAGUACCUCCAACUCCUCGAUGUGGGCGGGAGGUUCAUCCAGGUGGGAGCGCCGGAAGAUCCGUUCCCGCAGUUCCAUCCGUUCGCUCUGAUCGCGAAGCGUGUCUCGGUCGAGGGUAGUGCGAUCGGUUCGCCGAAGGAGAUUGAAGAGAUGUUGCAACUGGCUGCGGACAAGAAGAUUAAGCCGUGGAUUCAGGAGAUGCCGAUGAAGGAUGCGAAUAAGGCGAUUGUGCAGUUUGAGGAGGGUAAGCCAAGGUAUCGGUAUGUGUUGAAGAACUAG